AUGACGAAGGAGUUCGAGAUGACGGAUCUCGGUCUGAUGAGAUACUUUCUUGGUUUGGAGGUUAGACAAGAUGAAUUCGGGAUCUUCGUCUCUCAGGAAGCCUAUGCAAAAGGAAUUUUAGAGAAGUUCAAAAUGAGUGUUUGCAACCCGAUUUCAACCCCUAUGGAACCCGACGUUAAACUUUCAAGAUAUGAUGGAGGAGAAAAGGUAGAUUCGAGUGUUUAUCGUAGUCUAGUUGGAAGUCUGAUGUACUUGACGUGUACGAGGCCAGAUCUGUGUUUGAGUGUUGGAAUAAUAAGCCGUUUUAUGGAAGAGCCAAAGUAUACUCAUUGGAAGGCGACAAAGAGAAUUCUAAGAUAUGUGAAAGGAACAAUUUCUCAAGGACUUCUUUACUCGAAGUCGGACAAGUACAAGCUGACAGGCUACUCGGAUAGUGAUUGGUGCGGAGAUGGGGAUGACAAAAAGAGCACGGCCGGCUAUGUAUUUUUUAUGGGGAAUACGGCGUUUACUUGGGUAUCGAAGAAGGAACCCAUUGUAACUCUAUCUACAUGCGAAGCCGAGUACGUAGCUGCUUCGUGGUGA